AUGCUUUUUGCACUAUUAUCAUUAAUAUGGUGCCAGAAGCCUAAAUAUUAUGUGAAGAUAGAUAUUGAGAAUCUCAACGAUAAGUUUUCUUCUGCUUUUGAUAUGAGAAAACAAGUUAUUGUUGAUCAUUCCGAUUUUCUAGUCACAACAAAACCACAGGAUACAAAAAUAUGGAGAUUAGAUUGCAUUAUUAAUGUUCCCGUUAACAAUAUUCAUAUUCUCGAGAAAAUUAAUUUUACAGAUAAAACAAAUAAAUUUUUAUAUAUACCAGAUUCAUUAUUAGAUGAGAAAGUCAUUAAUAAAUACAUGAACCUUGGCUUUGAGCCUGUUUCUAAAAUGCAACCAAAUAUAAGAUAUAUUUUAUCUUCACACGAUCAACCUGGCUAUAAUAUGUUACCAUAUUCAUAUUCUUUGAUACAAGGAAAAUCAUCUGCCAGUGUUUAUUCUCAAUAUAACGUUUCAAUUUCAAAUCCAAUUUGUCAUAAGAUGGAUUUAACAUUUUACAAGAACGUUGUGUAUCUAUCAAUACUACUCUUUAUAAUCCUCAUGUCUUUGAGGGUUUAUUUCUUCUUUUUACCGUUCAAUUUUAAUGACGGCACUGGAUCUCGAUUUUGGUUUGUCUCCAACACAAAAAUCGACCUUACAUCACCAGCAAAUCUCAGUUUCGCCAAUAAACGUAAGCUAUCUAAACUCCUUGACUUAGCAGAAGAAACAAAAAAGAACCAGCAAAUAGUUAUCGGCAUAAAACGCACAGCAGAGUAUACAGAACUGUCACAUCUCUUCGUUUACACUCUUUCCAGAUUUUUCUUCGUUGCUUAUUGGAUUGAAAGAUAUGAAGAAAUUGCGGAACCGCUUAAUACCGUCAUCGAAGGUGCCCAAAUACAUCUUGAUGACUCAAUCGAGCCUACUCCACUUCCGAUUACCAUCUCUUACGAAAAUGGACUUCCAAAAGCAGAUAUUUCCUUCAACCACUUCGAUAAAAAGGCGAAUGUUGAAAUCAAGUCAAACGUAGAAAACGAUUUACCGUUCGGAUCUUACUCUUUACACCUUUCUUACAUAGAUUGUAUGCAUUUAGGCAUAAUUAACCAAAUUGCUUACAUCCCACCUACUCUAGAUGCAUUCAAGAACUUCAUUUCGAUGAUUUUCAAGCGUUUGGACUUCGCUUCUUUAGAUGUUAUUACAAUAACUGGAAAUAAAAUCGAAGAAAUCGUCAAAUUUUCGAAGUUUGAUGACACACAACCCAUUGUCGAUAGUAUUAUUCGCAAAAUGCCAACACAUAAAGGUCCUACGACCAUUUCUCAAAAACAUAUCGGAGAUUAUAUGUUUACUACGAACAGAUUCCAAGUAGCUAACGUAGCAUACAUUGUAUUGACCGGACAGAUCGCAAAUCACCUCAGUCUUUGCGUUACAGAGAACACAUUUCACUUUAUUAUGUCGAUGUUAGUUUCUUAUCAUCAUUCCGUACUUUCUUCACGCGUAGAUGCAAGAUCUCUCAUGAGAGUACACAACCUGCUCGAAAGAACCGAGAUUUUCUCGUUGGUUGAGUGCGUAGGAAAUCCAAGCCACUUUUUAAGGGCAACUGGAAAGAUCUAUGACAUGGAUAUCAACCAGGAGAUCAUAGAUAAGUUCCUCGAACUCAUCUCCCCAGAGAUCAAGUCAAGAAUCCUUACAACAAACGGUAGACAAGAAUUAAAUUCUUAUGUCGUGAUGUUUACAAGGUCAAAUGGCCAAGACGAGUGCGUAUCUAUAUCGAGUACUAGUUAUUACGAUAAAACAAUCGCUCAAAACAUAUACUUGUACUUAGUUGAAGAUGUAUCAAGUUAUUAUAGACGUUCUCAAAAGCUCAAAGCCGCUCACGACGAUCUCAGGAUGGCAAGCGACUUCCUUGGACUCCAUAAAGUCUCCAAGAAUAUGGAUUUAGUCCAUCCUUCUCUUUUGUCCAUUGAAUUGGGUUACAACGGUGUGAUCACUUCACUUUUGGAUGUAAUUUACGAAGAUGAUAAAAAUAUUAAUUUCGAAGACCUCCUUGAUAAAGAAGACCAAAUCAGCAUAAGAUUGGUAUCAAGUUUAGGCCAUCCUGUAAAUUAUGUCAUGAUUAAAGCCGCAAGCGAUGGAAACUACUUCAUAUUCGCAAGUAGAGAACUCAGACAGCUGAGAGCUAUCUCUUCAGAAGACCAUAUUAAGCAGAUAACAAAUACCAUCAAUAAUUUAGAGUCAGACUUCAUAUUAAUCCUCUCAGACAUGGCCACAAAGGAUUGUACAGUCAUUGACAGCCAAGGAAAGCUUCCAAAUACCGGCCAAUUGAACGAUAUAAUUUCAUUAAUCACAAACAAAGCUCCACAUGAGACAGUCAACAGCAUCCAAGCCAAGAUACAGUCCAUCAAAGACGAAAAAGGCAAUUACGUGUCAUUUGAUGUCCAAUUAGCUGGCAAGAUCAAAACAAUGACUUGGUUUAAGAUCAUUAUCGCUGUUAUCAAUGACAAAAUGAUUCUCUUCAUUUAUAACAACAAUACAAAGAAGCAGAGUCUUCUAGCUAUGUCAGACAUGAUGAAAAAGGCCGAAUCUUUCCUUGGCUCAACAAAAAUGUUUUAUUGGUUCUUCGAAGACGCGAAUGAGCCAAAGAGGACAUUCAACAAGCCACCAAUGGCUUCAGGACAGAUCACGUUCAACUGGAGCUCCAUUGAAUCAGUCUGUCGCGAGAAAGACAGAAAAAGAGUCACAGACAUCCUUCGAAAAGCAAUUGACAAGAAAGGAGACAUAAACGCGAAAGUUGUCUUGAUUUUCGACAAGCCGAGGGAGUAUUUGUUGAGAGGAUCAUACAACAAUGGCGUUUUGUGCGGAAUUGCAACAAAUGUCAACUGGAUUUCGAAGUCAAUAAAGAAGACAAAAGAAGCAAUUCACGAGGAACAAAGUAACGCAGAAAGAGCAAAAGAAAUAAAACACGACUCAAAAUUGAAGAUGUACCAGUUGGCUCUUUGUCUCAAGGAACUGAUUUCGUCAGGAAAAGAUAUAGGAUUCGAUAAUGACUUAGUUAAUAUCGUUGUUAGUUCUUUGGAAAAGAUACAACAACUUAUUUGA